AUGGAGGCCGCGGUUGGCGCCGCGAUCCGCGCUCCGCGCCGCACCGCCGCGGCGGUGGCGCGCGCGGCCAUUGCGGCUGCCGCCUCUGCCCUGGCGGCGCCGUUGGCUGCGCCUGCCGCUGCUGGGGACGCGGCUGCGGGGCGACCUGAGGCGCCACGCUGCUGCGAAGGCGCCGACCUCGACCUCGACGACGACGACGCCGGCUCGGAGGCGGCCGCGCGCGAGGGGCUGCUGGCUCUGGAGCGCGGCGAGGCCGCUGCUGAGAUGGACGUCGUGGACGACUUCGACGACAGCUGGGCCGAUGUCCCGCCACGCCGCGGUUCGCGGCGGCGCGGCAGGCAGAAGGCCGCAGUGGCCAGGGCUGGCGCGACUGGAGAUGUGGCGCCUGGCGCGACGGCAGUGCCCCCUGGGGCGCCCGCGGCUGCCUCGGUGCCUGCUGCGGCCGCAGCUGGCCCUGCAGGCGCGUUUGCGCCUCCCGCGGACGAGGGCGCGUCUGCCGAGCGCGCGGCGCUGGUCGCAGAGCUCGCGACGCUGUACUCCAGGCCCGUGGACGCCGCCCUCAUGGCCCUUGAGCUCGACCACCUGCGGACCUACGUCGAGUUGGUUCGCAUGCAGAAGUCAAAGUGA